UUGCUCUUGCUCUUGCUCAAACAGUAUGGGUGCACGCAAAGAAGCAAUCACACAUUGCCAUUUCCAUCCAACAGAGGUGAUUGUAGGUGUAUGUGCCCUUUGUGUAAAAGAAAAACUUCUCAACUUGGCAUCAGAGCAAGCGCAUCGUAACUUAAUAAAGAACAUUCAUAAUGCUCGCAAAGGUCUCCCCAAAGCUUUUGCCUUUGGUUCCUUCCCCCAAAACCACCUCAAGUUGAUCACUAAAAGCUCGGAUGAUGCCCGGAAAAAUGCUUUCUCCGGCAAUGAAGAAGUGAUUAUUUCAAUCAAGUUUGGAGAUGAUGGUGGUAAUAGAUUAUGGGACAAGGGUGCAAGUUCACGAUCUCGUCUAGAGAUUUGUAACCCUAGUUCAACAUACUGUUUCAACAAGGCCAGAAGAAGGUCCAUGAGUAUAGUAGAGCAUACAAGACCAACCAGAACAAUAUGGUGGCGAAAACGGGUUGACCAUUUAUUCAAGCUUAUGGUUGGGAAAAUUCAGGUUUAGCAGUGAAGGUAGGAGAAGAUGGUUUAUGAAUGUAAUGGAAAUAAGAGAGUUAGAUCUUCCAAUAGAAGUCUGUCUUCAAGACAAUAUAUUUCU